AUGGGACUAUAUAACCCGGCUGCUGGAGUUGUACUCCACGGUCCAGAAUGGUUAAUCCUUGCCUGCUAUGGCAUAUUUACAUCCACGAGCCGAUGCGCAAUCUGGAGCGGUGAUGACGAGAUUGGUGGAGUAGUCCACCCAAGAGGAAGUAGAGUUGACAAGGUUCGGGGACCCACUAAUUGGAUACUUCAAGACCUGCAUUGUACGAUGCUUGGUGAUGUCGGUUUAUGUCGCUGCGUAAGUGAUCUUCAGAUUGCUGGUUCUGAAAAGCACGCCAUCUGCAGCCCGCUCAACGUCAUCUGGCUCACUCGGGCGAGAGUUGCGAUGCUAGAAUGA